ACUAAGAUUAGAUAAACAGUGUCAUGUCCUUAUAAAUGUAAGACAUUUGUCGGAUACGUACUUGCUCUGUAAAAUUCAGAAUGUCCGCAUUAUAUAACAUUGUAAGCAAACUGUUUUAAUAGUUGGGUGAAGAUAUAUUCGGAAAAUGGAGCUUUUCGCAUGGACAUUUAUUUACCUGUGUUUUGGCUUUUUUGCCUGGAAAACAUUUUCCUUCAUACAUGCGUACGUCAAACAGUACAGGAAAGUUCUUAAGCUUCCUCAAAAGAAAUCUCACUGGUUGUUUGGACAUCUGAAAGAGGUGAAGAAUUCGAAAGACUACAUGAACUACGCAUUUGAUCUUACAAAAACCGGAAGUAAAGUGUAUUGCUUAUGGACCGGACCUUUACCUGUGGUGGGCGUGACACAUCCUGAGACGUUCAAACAGCUGAUUGGCCAAGAGCACAGGAAGGCUAGGGGACAUAAUGAACCAUAUACAUUAAUCCAGGAAUGGAUAGGUGAGGGGCUGCUAGUCAGCGGAGACCGGAAAUGGGAGAGAAGCCGGAAGUUGCUCACACCUGCCUUCCACUUCAAUAUUUUGACCGGAUACAUUGAUGUCAUGAACACUGUAUCGGAUACAUUUCAAGAUAAAGUUCUUGGUCGGAUGUCUGAGAGUCGAUCUGUGGACAUCUACCCUUUGGCCUGCAGAGCUACCCUGGACGCUAUGAUGAAAUGCUCUUUGUCCUUCGACGGUUGUAUGCAGUCUAAAGAAAAUGACGAGUAUGUUGAAGCUGUUCAGCGGAUUUCGACUUUGAUAUUUAAUCGUAUGCUAUUCCCGUUUAUCCCGGUUUGGCUGUAUUAUCUGACACCUGAAGGUCGAGAAUGGCGCCGACUUAUUGGGGUACUGCAGACAUUCACCAGGAACAUCAUUGAUGCAAGGAAACUCGCUUGUGUUAUGAAAGAGCAUCCGUUGGAGGUUGGUCAGUCUGACAGAAAGAGGAGGCUGGACUUCUUGGACAUUCUGUUGACGGCCACAGAUGAACAUGGUCGGGGACUGGAUAGAGAGGAAAUACAAUCCGAGGUCGAUACAUUCACAUUUGAAGGACAUGAUACUACUGGAUCAGCACUAGCGUGGUCAAUAUAUGCUCUUGGCCAAAACCCAAAGAUUCAGGCAAAGGUAUAUGAAGAUGUAACUGCUGUCCUAGGGGACAAAAACCACGUCGACGCAACGGACUUGCAUGACUUCAAGUACCUGCCCAAGUAUAUCAAAGAGGUCAUGCGUUACUACAGUCCCGUCCCUCUUAUUGCUCGUAAAAGUGCAAAGACCCUAGUUAUAGACGGCUAUGAGGUACCACCUGGCACAAGAGUGGAUAUAAAUAUAUACGCCACCCACCACAACCCUGCCAUAUGGGACACACCAGAGAUGUUCGAUCCUGAGCGAUUCGAUGCCGACAACAAGGAUGGCAACGACGUGUUUGGCUUCAUACCUUUUUCAGCUGGCAAUAGGAACUGCAUUGGACAGGUGUUUGCUUUAAAUGAAAUCAAAAUAUGUCUGGCCAAGUUUGUGAAGAGGUUUGAAGUAUUUCCGGACCCGGAACACAAGCCUGACCUGAUGCCCGACGUCAUCACAAGGUCUACCACAGGGCUGAAAGUCAUUCUGAAAGAACGGUCUUAGGAGACAUUCAACUGGUCCAGUUUACGAAAAAAGAUGUUUCAGUAUACGAUAAAAGACUUAGAAAUUGAAUAGGCCAAGAUGUUUCCUUGUUUAUGAACAAUAAAUCAUCGUUUGUUUUCAAGUUAUGGUCAGUGCUAUUUAUUUUGCUUUGUAUAAAGACUAUUUUGUUCUACUAUUUCGCAUUUAUAAGAAGUUAUCGAGUUGACCUUUUAAACUUCAGUUAAAUUUUCCUUUAAAAGGUCUAUUUUAUAUUAUAUUUUUGUGUAUUGUUGAAAAUAUUUUUUAACCCUUAACAUCUCUGUCUUCAAUCAAGUUGGAUGAUGAUUAUUAUAUAUCUAAAAAAAUGAUAACGGCAGUAUGUUUUUAUGUCACACACAAAAGGAAAAAAGGAAGACCAAAAAAUAAACAGUUUUGAUUCUUAUUAUGUGUCUUAAUGUUUGUAUUCUUAAAUUAACUCCGUUUUAUGGAGAUAUUUAUCAUUUUUGU